UUCUUCCCAUAGAAAACACACCAAGAACCCUCCCAAGAAAAGGAGAGUUUUUUUUGGCACAAUAUAUGGCGAAGCAUCUUUUGUCAUUCUUCUUGUGCUUCUUCCUUUUCUUCUUUUCAAGCUCUUCUUCUUCGGAGGUUCAAAGUGUACCGGCGAUUUUUGUCAUCGGAGACUCCCAGGUCGAUGUAGGCAACAACAAUUACCUUCCCGUUUCCUUUGCUAAAGCAAAUUUCCCACACAACGGCAUCGAUUUCCCCGGCAAGAAAGCCACCGGACGGUUCUCCAAUGGCAAGAACGCAGCCGAUUUUCUAUAAUUGCUGAGAAAGUUAGGAGCUCCCAAAACACACAAGCUUUUAUCUAGAUCUCUUUUUACCAUUGUGAUCGGUAGCAAUGAUCUCUUUGACUACUUUGGCUCCCGGUCACAAAUCACCCCACGCCGGUUUGUGGAUAACAUGCUUAGCACGCUAAAAGAAGAGAUUAAGAGAUUACACAUGCAUGGCGCACGCAAAUUUCUUUUUACCGGGGUUGGGGUGAUUGGAUGCAUUCCUAAGGAAAGGGCUAAGAACGAAACCGAAGACUGCAAUCAAGAAAUAAACCACUGGGCCACCAAGUACAAUGAAGGACUGGUGUCAAUGUUGAAAGGGUUGAAAUCAAAGCUUCAGGGCAUGAACUAUACAUACUUUAACACCUACUCUUUAAUGCAAAAAAUCAUCAAACACCCAUCUACUUAUGGAUUCAGCGAGAUUAAGUCUGCUUGCUGUGGGCUUGGGAACCUUAAAGCGAUUGUCCCCUGUUUGCCUAUUGCAAACUAUUGUCCUAACAGGAAAGAUCAUUUGUUCUGGGAUCUAUACCAUCCAACAGAAACAACUGCUCGGAUUUUUGCUGAUGCAAUUUAUGACGGUUCGUCUGAGUAUACAUUUCCGAUAAAUUUGAGGCAGCUGGCUUCUGCCCCCUGAGGCUGGAUUAUAGAAAAGCAGGAGGCAUUCUCUAGGGUAAAAUGUCCCACAAAGCAUUUGUAUCAGUAGCAAUACUAUAAAUUUAUCAAAUUUAUAGGAGUUAAAAGAAUUGAAAAUACAGAAUUCUUUGAUGCUCAUUCCAAGUAUGGUAUCAAAGUAAAUGUAUGUUUCAAAUCCUAAUAAAAUUUUUGGCUUCAU